GCAACCUUUUGCGCAUGUCUUGAAAAAUAAUGAGCCUGCGAUUAUAGAGUACGAAGAGUCAAAGAAAAAAUCUAAAGUAUUGAAAAAUGGGACAAAACCAGUCAGGAGGAGGAGGUGCAGGAGGUGAUAAGAAAGGAGAUAAGGAUAAGAAGAAGAAAUACGAACCUCCCGUACCAACCAGAGUAGGAAAAAGGCAGAAGAAAGCUAAAGGUCCUGAUGCAGCAAACAAAUUACCUAAAGUGACACCUCACAGGAACUGCAGGCUAAAGAUGCUAAAAAUGGAGAGAAUUAAAGAUUUCCUGUUAAUGGAAGAGGAAUUUAUUCAGAACCAAGAGAGACUCAAGCCACAAGAAGAGAAGCAUGAGGAAGAGAGGUCCAAGGUUGAUGAUUUAAGGGGAACACCCAUGUCUGUCGGCAACCUUGAGGAGAUAAUUGACGAUAACCAUGCAAUUGUUUCCACAUCAGUAGGAUCUGAGCAUUAUGUCAGUAUUCUGUCGUUUGUUGAUAAAGAUUUAUUAGAACCUGGCUGUACUGUCCUGUUAAACCAUAAGGUUCAUGCAGUUGUUGGUGUCCUCUCUGACGAUGCCGACCCAAUGGUCACUGUAAUGAAGCUAGAGAAGGCACCACAGGAAUCAUAUGCCGACAUUGGUGGUCUUGAUAAUCAGAUACAAGAAAUUAAGGAAUCAGUAGAACUACCAUUGACUCACCCUGAACUGUAUGAAGAAAUGGGUAUCAAACCACCCAAAGGAGUAAUCCUCUAUGGCCCUCCAGGUACAGGGAAGACACUGCUGGCCAAAGCUGUGGCGAACCAAACUUCUGCUACCUUCUUACGUGUGGUUGGAUCUGAACUCAUUCAAAAAUAUCUGGGUGAUGGUCCAAAACUUGUCCGUGAGAUGUUCAGAGUAGCAGAAGAACAUGCUCCGUCUAUUGUAUUUAUCGAUGAAAUUGAUGCUAUUGGAACAAAAAGAUAUGAAUCUAACUCAGGGGGAGAACGAGAGAUCCAAAGAACGAUGUUAGAACUUCUUAACCAGUUGGAUGGCUUUGACUCUAAGGGAGAUGUCAAGGUUGUAAUGGCAACAAAUCGUAUAGAAACCCUGGACCCAGCACUAAUUCGUCCAGGCCGUAUCGACCGCAAAAUUGAAUUUCCUUUACCUGAUGAGAAAACCAAGAAACGCAUAUUUCACAUUCAUACGGGUCGCAUGACCCUGGCUGAUGAUGUCAAUAUUGAUGAGUAUAUCAUGUCUAAGGAUGAUCUUUCUGGAGCUGACAUCAAGGCAAUCUGUACAGAGGCAGGCCUGAUGGCUCUUCGAGAGAGAAGAAUGAAGGUCACCAAUGAAGACUUCAAGAAAUCAAAAGAAAAUGUGUUGUACCGAAAGAACGAAGGAACUCCUGAGGGUCUUUAUCUGUAACCUUGUGUAAAUGUAAACAUGCAAGUAUCAUGACAAUACACCAAAACGAAAUAAGGCAACCAAUUUAAAUAACUAUUGGUCUGCACUGACUAGCGACUGACUAGCCUUAUGUUCACAUGGAAACAUACAUGUAAAAGCGUUUUCACAUGUAUAAGAGGCUAGUCAGUGGAGAACAAUAGUUAUUCAAAUGGGUUGCCUUAUUUCGAUUCGGUUUAUAACCAACCAUAAAACUGUUAACUUUUGUGAACACAGUGAAAAAUAAAUAAAAACCUUUGAAAACA